AUGGGUUCAAACUCAGAUGAGACGAUCAUAGAAAAUGAGGAUGCUCCCACUUACGCUCCAUCUAUACCUGUACCUAAUGUUCAAGAAAUGGUGAGGAAGGAACCUGCAAAGAUUCCUGACAGAUACAUAAGAAAUGAUGAAGACAACCCCCCGAUCACUGAUAUGUCUCAUCUUUCUUCCGAGAUUCCUGUCAUCAACUUGUCACUUCUCUCGACAGGUGAAACGGAGGAGUUGAAUAAACUGGAUUUUGCUUGCAAAGAGUGGGGAUUCUUUCAGGUGGUGAAUCAUAGAAUAGCAAAAGAAGUGUUGCAGAAUAUGAAGGAUGCUACAGCUGAGUUUUUUGAGCUUCCAUUAGAAGAGAAGAACAAGUAUGAAAUGCCCCCAGAUGACAUACAAGGAUACGGACAUGCAUAUGUGGUCUCCGAAGAGCAAAAACUAGACUGGUCAGAUGCAUUGAUUCUGCUUGUUCACCCUUCUCAUUAUCGAAAACUCAAGCUCUGGCCAAGCACACCAAAGGGAUAUAGAGAGAUUAUCAAUGCGUAUACAAAGGGAGUUCAAAAGGUUGGAGAGCAGCUUCUCCGCGCAUUUUCUACUAUCAUGGGGAUGGACAAAGAUGGACUUCUUGCACUGCACAAAAAUUUGUUGCAAGCUCUACGAAUAAACUAUUAUCCAGCAUGCUGCAGGCCAGACCAAGUACUAGGAAUAAGUCCACACUCAGACACAAGUUCCAUAACCAUUCUUAUGCAAGAAGCUGAUAUAAACGGGUUACAGAUCAGGCACAAUGGUGGUUGGGUACAGGUUAAACCAGUUCCAGAUGCUCUAGUGGUUAAUGUUGGAGAUGUUAUUGAGAUUUUGAGUAAUGGGAAGUAUAAGAGCAUUGAGCACAGAGCUGUGACAAACCAGAACAAUUCAAGAAUUUCUUAUGCUUCAUUUCUCAUCCCUCAGGAUGAUGUGGAGAUCGAGCCGUUAGCUCAUCUAGUGGGUUCUCAAAGGUUGAUGUACAAGCAAGUGGUGUAUGGAGAAUACGCAAGGAGCUCCAUGCAGAGAAAAAUGGAAGGGAAGGCACACACUGAGAUAGCAAAGAUUGAAACUUGACUGAUAUUUCUAAAUUUCAGGAUCCCCCCACAAAGGCUGAUAUUGCCUCCUCGUGCUUGUGCCAAUCUGCAUCAACUCUAUCUGAACUACUUUG